GGAAAAAUAUACUUUUUAUCAUUGGAUUCUAUGUAUCUACUUAUGUGUGCAAGAUUUUCCGCAACAUGUGACAGUUGGCCUUGUGAUAAUGACUUGGGAGCAGAUGGCUGGCUAAGGAGCUCAUGUAUGGAGUCAUGAGCCGCGCUAUACAAUGAGCCCCAUAGUUAGCUAGCCAUGAACAGAUCAUGAGGUUGUCAUGGGAUGGCCGAAGCAGACAAACGUCUUAUUUAAGUAGAAGUCAUGAGGACUCCAACAGAGGUAUCCAUCCCAUGAGCACUAAGACUACAUCUUUUGUCUAGCUAAAGUCAUGAGACGACCAUACCGCGUCUGUCCUAAUAGUAUCGCUGUUGCGCGGUGGUCAUGAGAUGUAAUUGUGGAAUGUCCUUCCCGUCUAAAGAAGCUAUGCGUUCAUGUACAUGUACACUUGCCCCAUUGUUUGUUCCUCAAUAAAAGGCACGACCAAACUGAGGGAAGGCGCAGAUCCCAUCCACAUUCACUGUGGCUGGGGUGUGUCCUUCGGCAGAAGUCGCUGGCCAUCAAAGACGUAUCCCGCCUCUGUGAGAUUCUGUUCAGAUAAAUGUUGUGAACCCAACAUUUUCUGGUGGCCCGUACGGGGAUUCCUGAAAAUCUGCUUGCUGAUCCGAGGAGUGUUGAAGACGCCGAAUCCGUGCACGGCAGAGGUCAUCACAGGACCCUGAAGGAAAGCCCUGGGGAGCGAUGUUCAUCCACCAGGCCGGCGAAGUCCAGUUCAGCACCUCUCGGCGGCGACGAUUGACGGAAUCUUCAAGAGAAAUCUUUCAGAGAUUCGGAUGGCUCAGCAAAACCAGGUGACUGGGUCUUCAUCAAAGUAAUCAAACGGAAGACGUGGUCUUCACCCCGGUGGGAGGGACCAUUCCAAGUCCUACUCACCACACCCACAGCUGUGCAGAAUGACCCAGCUGGAUUCAUCUCAGCCACUGUAAGCUGCAGAGAGUGCUUGGCUCCUAGGCCCCGGUCAGGGCGAAGUAUCCGGCUACAAAGGGGGUGCCAAUUAUAGUUUGGCAUCAGUCUCAAACCGGUGAAGAACUAAGAACCCUGAUCAUUUAGCUCCCUAGGGGUUCAGGUGGCUCUGUGGAACUGAACGGAAAAUGGCACUCAGAGGAGUGCUUGUCUGUGCUGUGGCUGUAGCAUGCUUGCCAAUGACAUGGAGUGUCCAGGGUCCCCAAGGGGAGAGUGGAACUUCCGCUCGAAUCAAGAGAAUGACGACCGAACUGUUGACAAAGUAUAUAAAGAUAAACCCAGAUAUACCCCAUGCAGACAACAUGUGGUACCAGUAUGUAUCCAUGUUGGCCGAAACAUACAAUCAAAGUGAAUGUUAUGUAUGUUCCAUAAUGCCACGAUCAAGUCAACAGCCCGUCCUACAUGCCCGAUCCAUGCCAGAGAAAAAUGGAUGGUGUUUCGCAAUACUAAGGGCUUUUGGGUUUAAUCCCAUCGAAGGACUCAGACGGUCGGAAAUUAAUGAGGCACAACUAACCGCCCAUCCCUGUUACAACAUCUCAAGGCCAUUCACAAUAGUGUCAAGAAGUUCUGACGUCACACCCGCACCAGUGACUCUCGAAGUGAGUGAAACCAUCUCACAUCCCCUGUGCUUCCGACAAAGACGUGUUGAUGGAAUAAGGGUGGGAGAUACAAAGCGCUGCAUCACCACCGCACUUCUAGAACCUUCCAGCAAGACCUCGAUGAAUACCACCUUAGCAAUCAGACAAAUCCUAGCAGGAGGCGAAAAUCCCCACUCCAUCAUCGAAGGGGGAUGGUGGCUCUGUGGUCGCCGAGGCUACGCAGUCCUUCCAGGACGAUGGGAUGGCACAUGUGCCCCCGUAUAUGUGUCAGAUCACACUGUGUUCCUCAGUCUGACACAUUUUCAGGAACAUCAUCAGCGAAAGACACGUGCAGCUGUUGCCCCCACCUUCCGACCCUACGACAGUGUCUGGGGCUCAGACGUACCAGAUGAAUACAAGCUUUGGAGCACAGGACAAAAGGUGGCACUCACACUCUUCCCACAGGCGGGUGUGGCUAAGACUAUUCUCCGAAUAGAAACUAUGGACUACAGGUUGAAGACCUUUGCCAAUUUUACUCUAGAGGCCCUUACAGGUUACCAGACGGAGCUGCAAGCCCUGAGACUAACGACACUACAGUCCCGAAUGGUCUUGGACCUCCUGACUGCCGAGAAAGGAGGUGUGUGUGAAAUAGUUGGUACCUCCUGUUGUACCUACAUCCCAGGAGAAAAUGACACCAACAUCGAGUAUGCCCUACAAGGCCUUCGGAACCUCCGUAAGGCUAUGUCCCAGGACGAAACUCCAGCCAAGGACGUCCAUCCCUUUUGGUGGCUGUUUUAUGGCAAUUGGAGGCAACUUCUCUUGAAAGUUGCAGUUCUUUUAUUUUCCAUACUGUUAUUGCUCUGUAUUUUUACAUCAUGUAUCAUACCUUGUAUUCGUCACAUGAUGACUAAAAUGUUGACAUCAGCGUUUGCUAUCCGGAAUGUCAUGUUGGUCCAGCGUGAACAAGAUGAGUGGGACCACCUUGCGUAAACCGCCUACCUAUUUGUUUUUUUUUCCUUUUUUGAUGGUCCAGGAAAAAAAAAAAAAAAAUACAUUCCAUUAUGACGAACAUGGCCAAAGCCGAAUGGAGAGCUGUAGUUCUGGUAAACCCUGGAAUGUAAACUUUCAUACUUUUUGAUGUUACUAUACUAUAUUGUGUAGGCGUAUACUCAUUUAUACACAUAUGUAGUUAUUAGUUGAUGUUUUGUUUUCCCAUGAAUUCCAAUGUUAAACAGGGGGGAAUGUUGGGAAAAAUAUACUUUUUAUCAUUGGAUUCUAUGUAUCUACUUAUGUGUGCAAGAUUUUCCGCAACAUGUGACAGUUGGCCUUGUGAUAAUGACUUGGGAGCAGAUGGCUGGCUAAGGAGCUCAUGUAUGGAGUCAUGAGCCGCGCUAUACAAUGAGCCCCAUAGUUAGCUAGCCAUGAACAGAUCAUGAGGUUGUCAUGGGAUGGCCGAAGCAGACAAACGUCUUAUUUAAGUAGAAGUCAUGAGGACUCCAACAGAGGUAUCCAUCCCAUGAGCACUAAGACUACAUCUUUUGUCUAGCUAAAGUCAUGAGACGACCAUACCGCGUCUGUCCUAAUAGUAUCGCUGUUGCGCGGUGGUCAUGAGAUGUAAUUGUGGAAUGUCCUUCCCGUCUAAAGAAGCUAUGCGUUCAUGUACAUGUACACUUGCCCCAUUGUUUGUUCCUCAAUAAAAGGCACGACCAAACUGAGGGAAGGCGCAGAUCCCAUCCACAUUCACUGUGGCUGGGGUGUGUCCUUCGGCAGAAGUCGCUGGCCAUCAAAGACGUA